AUGGAUGGCUCUGUGGUCAGCGAGGCAGCCAAUCAGAGGGUCCUGGAGAGCGGUCAUUUUCAGCCUGUGCUGGAGCUGUGUCCUGUGUGGUGCCCUCACGCCUCCUCACUUCCCCGGGCCCCUGUGCUGUCCUCCGGGGCCGAUAAGGGGACAGAACAGCGGCACAUCUCCACGGUGACCCAACUUUGGGAACUUAGCAAAUUUCGGUUCGUCUUGUGCUUUUUUGGAUCUCAGUUCGUCCAGAACUCAGUCGAAACGUCUGCAUCAGAGUGGUUUCAGGACCUAGUGAAGGCCAAGGGCAGCGUCCCCUCAGGGUCCAAUUCCUAUCAGGUGCAGAAGAUCCUGGGCUCAGGCUCUUACGGCACGGUCGCCCUCUGUCACAAAAACAACGCUGACCAGAAAGUGGCACUGAAGGUGGUGAAGAAUCCUGAUCGUGAGGGUCCUUUAAUGAAAUACCUGAGUAAAUUUGGAUCUGCGUCCCACCACAUCGUCCAGUGGUUCUGCAGCUUCAAUUUUAACGGCCACGUCUGCCACGAGUAUGAGGUGCUGGAUAUUAGUCUGGGAGACUUUUUGAAAACGUCCUCGACUCUGCCGCUUCACCGCAUCCGGCCAAUCCUCACACAGAUGAAUCCACACGGCUGUGGGGAUCUACAUCUCUUUGUGGACCUCAUGAAACGGCUUCUGGACAUGGAUCCAUAUUCCAGGAUUGACCCCCAGGAGGUGUUGGAUCAUCCCUUCACCAACCCAUCCUUCCCUACCAGAGUUGACCACCCAAAGCCUCAGUAA